AUGGAUGAAGGAAACCAAACCAAUGUCAGCCACUUCAUCCUACUAGGAUUCCCCACUUCUGCUGAGCUGCAGCUGCUCCUCUUCUCCGUCUUCCUCGUGGCCUAUUUGUUAACGCUGAUGGAAAACAUCAUCAUCAUCCUUGUCAUCCGGGCCAACCACCAACUGCACAAGCCCAUGUAUUUCUUCCUGGGCAACCUGUCAUUCCUGGAGAUCUGGUACGUGACAGUCAUUGUGCCCAAGAUGCUGGCAGAUUUCAUGACCCAGGAUAAGCGCAUUUCCUUCCAAGGAUGCAUGGCACAGCUGUAUUUCUUCGUGAGCUUUGUGUGCACUGAGUACAUCCUCUUGGCUGCCAUGGCCUAUGACCGUUACUUAGCCAUAUGCAACCCUUUGCGGUACCCGUCCAUCAUGAGCAAUAGGUUCUGCGCCCAGCUGGCUGCAAGCUGCUGGGUUUGUGGCUUGAUCACCGCUGCAAUCAAGCUGAGCUUCAUCGCCCAGCUCAGGUUCUGCAGCAUUGACACUAUCAACCACUACUUCUGCGACAUCUCACCUCUAUUGAAUGUCUCCUGCACUGACUCAUCCCAGGCCGAGCUGGUGGACUUCAUCCUGGCCCUGAUGGUCAUCAUGGUGCCUCUGUGCAUCGUGGUCACCUCGUACAUCUGCAUCCUGUUCACUGUGCUCAAGAUCCCCUCAUCCCAGGGCAGGCAAAAGGCCUUCUCUACCUGCAGCUCCCACUUGGCCGUGGUAGUCUUGUUCUACUCCACCACCCUGUUCACCUACGCCCGGCCCAAGGCCAUGUACGCUUACAACUCCAACAAGCUGGUGUCAGUGCUCUAUACUGUGGUGGUGCCGCUCCUGAACCCCCUCAUCUACUGCCUCAGGAACAAGGAGGUCAAGGAUGCCCUGAGAAAGGCAAAGCUUGGAACAAGGAGCACUGGGGAACGUAGUUAA